AUGGCCGUCGACGUUUGCGUAUUGGGCACCGGCCUCACCGAGAGCUUGGUGGCAGCAGCAUUCGCGCGUUUUGGACGCCGGCUGCUCCACUUGGACGCCUCGAGCGCCUACGGUGGCUGCUGGCGCUCACUAUCCCUAGCCGAGUUCGUCCACUGGGCUGGAGGGAGCACGAACUUCGAGACGCCAGUCUCCAAGGUUUCUGGAGGCGACUUCCGUUCUCUUCCGCCGGAGGCUUGGAAAGCCAUUCAUCGGCGAUGUACGAAGGCGCCGCUGGGCGCCGAGAUCUUUAGACCGAGGCAGGAGCAUGACUUCGAGGAAGAGCCUGAAACUCCUCUUCAAGAUGAAGCCCUUGCGAGCGGAGAGAUUGCCCUCAGGCUGGCUCCUCAUGUGCAGUACGGCUGCUUCGUGGAUCGCAGUUUCGAAUGGGAUCCGUUUGACAAGCUCUCUGACGUAGAGCUUUGCAAAGAGAAGCGGUCCUUGCUGAAGAGCCCUACGUCCUUCAGCCUCGACAUUGUGCCACGCUUGCUUUUUGGACGAAGUGACUCCGUGGAUGUUCUCGUCGAGUCCGGGGUCGCGAGGUACUUGGAGUUCCAGGGCUUGAAGUCUGCCAGAGUCCUGACACCCGAAGGUCUUUUUGCAGUGCCUUUAACCAAGAGCGAAAUAUUCCAGGAUGCUCACUUGAGCAAGCCCGAAAAGAGGACGCUGAUGCGAUUCAUCACUUCCAUCCAGCCCUUCGUGGGUAGCCUUUCCUUCCAAUCUGCAGCUCAGCUGGGCGUGGAUCAGGUCCGCAAGGUAAAGGGCCCAACUGAACUUGACUCCAGCGUUCUGGGAGUUGACCUGCAAGAGCCAUGGCAUCGCUUCCUGGAGAAGCAACAACUCUCUCAGAGAUUGCAGGAGUUCAUUACCUAUUCCAUCUGCCUCUGGGACUGGUCACCACCAGGGUCCUCGUCGAAGUCGACGUCAUAUCCAUGGCCCGAGCUCUCUUGCGGUGAAGCACUUCGACGGCUCGGAAGCUUCGUUUCUUCCCUUGGUAUGUAUGGCCGUGGCACGAGUAUGCCCCUGCUCUAUCCCAUGUAUGGGGUGGCGGAGAUUGCACAGGGCUUCACCAGAAUGAGCGCACUUCAUCGGGGAACUUAUGCCUUGCGUACGCGGCCGACACACCUCCUGGCGAAGAAAGAUGAACACCAGGGCUGGCAAAUGACAGGGGUGGUCACCCAUCGCGGUGAAGUAAUACGCGCUUCUACGGUAAUUGGUUCCUGUGACCACAUCACACAAGACGGGGCCUUCGAGCAGGGGUCGGACUCGACAGCUUGCAGACGUGCAACCGUGUUGCUGGAUCGUCCACUCCUGGGAGAGGACGGCGUGAACCUAUGCGUAGUGCCGCCGAGCUCGUUUGCACCACCCUUGCAGAACGUUGUUCAGGUAUUGCAACUUGACUGGAGCACAGGUACUUGCCCCCGAGGCUAUUACGUGCAUCACCUCUCGCAAGCAUGGAUUGGGGGAGCUCCUGACGGUGCAUUUGUCGACAUAGACAAAGUCUUGGAGAGUCUUUUGGCACGAUGUGAGGAAGCUACGUGCCUGUUCCGUUGCAGGUACAUCCACAAACCAAGGCCCAUCCAGCGAUGGGGCACCGAGGAUUCACCGAUGAGGGACUGUAGCGCUGCCGGCAGCCUCGCAGUGGUAGCAGAUCCCUCCGCGGUGCCGCAGCUGGUUGUGUCAGAUGAAGUAGACGAAGCACGUCAGAUUUUCCUUGCAUGCCCAGCUGCGGCUGGCGCGCAUGCUGAUGAUUUCUUGCGAAAGCCCGAGCAUGUUGCCGAGGAGGAGCGCGGUGGGGUCAUGGAAGAGUUGGAGCUCUUCAACGAGCAGAUGCAAGAAACCAAGCAAGCUGAUACUGAGAAGCUGUGUGCUGGCGAGCCUCAGUGA